AUGGUACAUCGAAUAUGUGAUGAACGUCAUCCAGCUAAGAUUCGACACAGUGGCUAUCGUAGUAAAUGGUUACAAGAUUUCAAUCGAUGUCCGCGCAUACUCGAGCAUUUAUCAAACAUGACUGGAGACGUACGACUUAUGCCGACAACUCUUCAACCAAGCUAUAGUCAUACUAAUAUUGGCUAUGCAAGUGGUGACAAUAUAGAUGCAUACCAUUGUGACAGUGUACCCUACGUUGUCAUCUUACUGGCUUGUGAUAUGAGGAAUACAGUCGGUGGUGAAUUGCAACUCAUCGAACGUGAUUCUAAGGAUGCUUUUAGUCUCAUUGAACAAUACAAAGGUAAAGUGCCAAAAGAAUUCAUUCGAACAAUCGAUUAUCUUGACCAAAAUUCAUGUGUAUUUAUGCAAGGUAAACGAAAAACUACAAAAAUAUUUAAUUUAAAACUUUAA